AUGUCAACAAAACAAUUAGUAUAUCAAGGCUUAGAUGCAGUAAGAUCAGAAUUUUGGCAAGAUAAACAAAUACAGCAUAAGGAUUAAGUUCAAUACCAUUAAGUAGAAGCAAAGAGGGGAGGAAGCCAGGCAAUGAGAGGUGGAGCUGAGAAGGGUCUGCCUUUAAUGCAGUAUUCAUUAACAAAGUAGUUAAUAGAAGUGGGUAAAAGUUCGGUUUUGGACUCCAGAAAUAUCCACAAGGUAGCUACCAAAGACUCAAAAAAAUCUUGAUAGACCCAAGAAAGAGACCAUGCUAUUAGGAUUAAGAGUUAGAAUCUUGGCGUGCAAUAAGUUGUCCAACCAAAAGGGUCAUAUGAUGCAAUUCACCAUAUUUUGGAAGCUUUCAGAGUUUCCCAAUUUGGCAUUAGUUAGGCUUCCCCUCCAUUAAAACUAUUUCUAUCCACCUACUUCAACCAUUAGGAAUAACAUUUUAAAGAUUAUUUAAAUUAAAAAUUAUAAAGUAAUUCUACUGAUUUAUCCUGUUUCCACCAUUAAUUUUAUCACAAUUACAAUCGUCUCAGAGUCUUUACAAAUUGUGAUUUCCUUCUUGGUAAAAUAAUCAAGAUAUUUUGAUUCUAAAGAAACUAUUGAAAAUAAGCGAUUGAAAUUAAAUUGUUUGAAAAAUGUGAAUUGUGCUUAUCCAAAGAAUAAUACAAUGUUUUAUAUGUAUUGUACUUCAUAAUUGUUAAUGUAAAAGGAAGCUUUGUGA